AUGAAAACGCUACCACCUGCUCUAAUGUUUGAACCUACACUGGUUGGCUGGCAUCGGCAGAGCUAUAAGCUGAGCACGUGUAUCGCACAUUGCGCAUUUGUGACAUUGUGGUUGCCUGCUCACAGUAUGGGUUCAACUCUCUCUCGGAUUUUUCACCGCAAACAAGAUGACGAGGCGAAACCGAAGGUCAAAAAGCCACGCCGAUUUGGUAGCCUACGAAGGCAGCGUACAGAUGAUCAGGAGACUGGUACUCGUGUCUCAAGAUCCAGUACAAUGCCGUCCAGGACGCAGCGUGUCAGGACCGAAGACCGGUCAACAGGACUCAUAGGGGAAACAGCUGAAGAGGUACAGCGUUUGGAGGAUCGACAAGAGAUAAUGCGGGAUGUGAUGGAUUAUGAUGAAACUGUUACUCCGGUUGCCGCUCAGCAUCUGUCAGCACAAAUGCCCCACGUGGAACCGAGUCACGUCCCGGAACACAAAGAAGUAGUACCUGAAAUAAAAGCAGAACUUCCAGGUGGGUUUGCUGCAGUACAGUUGGUAUCUGUGACUUCAAACGAUAAAGCUGUCGAGGACGUUCCUGAGUUAAGUCCGAUGACAGAAGCCUUGCAUGAAGAAGAAGACGAACCCGUGAUAUUGAAUGCGGAGGACUUACGACAGGAACACGAGGAGCAUACUGAACACAUCGAACAGAAAGUAUCGCGUGAACAGAAUAUCGAGCCUAUUAUGGAACUUGAGAUUGACACAGGAACACGAGGAGCAUACUGA